AUGGGUGGUAUUCUACAGAAAAUGCUACAAGCUUUUUACACCAAGAAGAUUGAAGUUGUUCUUGUAGGGCUUGAGAAUAGUGGCAAAACAACACUGCUAAACGUAAUGGCCAUGGGUCAUCCUGUUGAAACGUGUCCAACCAUUGGUCUUAAUGUAAAAUUGGUGAAAAAAGGCGGUGUGCAGAUGAAAUGUUGGGAUAUUGGCGGACAAGCACAGUAUCGAAGUGAAUGGGGUCGUUAUACGCGGGGAUGUGAUGUUAUUAUAUAUGUGGUAGACGCUAAUGCGUUUGACCAAAUCUCCUUGGCUCGGAAGGAACUACAUCGUCUACUAGAAGACCGUGAACUCGCGACGACACCGUUACUAGUGUUGGCGAACAAGAUUGAUCUGGAACCUCAUAUCUCUGAGCCGGAACUUAUUCGUCAUUCAGUGGCUAAUGAAGCAGUCGGGCAAGAAUUAAGGGGUCUUGUUUGGGUUGGUGUAACGUGUAUUGAGCGCACACAAGAAAUGGUUUCGAUGACGACAGACGUACAGCAGAGUGGAUGCGCAGACGGCCAGAAUUUAUCAGCCAAGGUUCUAUGCGAUGAAAGUCAGCACUAG